CCUUACUCCUCCCUUUCCACUUCUAGAGCACUCGGUACCCACUCGACGUGAUCGUGGCUGACUGGGAGUGAGGAAUGAUUUCGAUAACCAAGUCGACCAUCAGCACACCGCUCACGGGCCACAUGCAUGCGCUCGUGUUCUGGUCCAUGUGGAAGAAGCUCUAGUAAGAUCUAUAAUCCAGCCUCUGCACUGAUCAUCGAUUUCUUCUUUCCUGUGUUGAAGUGAUAUUGGAGCCGUCAAUUCAUGACUUAUCGUCCUAAACCAACCUGAAGACCCAAACUCUACCAAACAUCCCCAGCCUACAUCAUGAGCUCAAUAGGGCCUUUGUGCUCUCACAAUCCUCUCAACUUUGCGUCUAUCCCAGCGCGACGAUCAGAAAUGUCUCCGCCGGCCGCCUCAAGAUUACAUUUCGUUGCAUCCUGGAAAUUGAACACAGAAUCCGCCCGUGACGAACCCAAGCUGCGAAAGCUUCUGGGCCACAUUUCAGUUUACGAUCAGACACGGACGCUGGUCCAAUCCCAAACCCCAUCGUCGGAUGACCCCGAGUCAAACGAGCUUUCUACCUAUCUUCAACAACACGUACCCUGCUUCCGAGAUUUCCAGGCUGCCAUUGCACUCCAACUGGCGACAAUGGCCGAGGCCAAGGCUGCGGCUUCACAACUCGCUGAAGAAGAAGACAACAACAGUGAUGAAGAAGAGAUCGACAGCGACUAUGACAGCUACGACGGAGACUGGAGUGACGCAGACACAGCGGCUGGGAGCGAUGAGAGCUACACCGACGACGAAGGCUCAGACGGCCAGUGGUCCUCGUGCACUUCUCCGACGUCCAGUUCAAGCGAGCCCGAAGACGCAGAAGAAGACCAAGCCGAUCUAUGGGCCAUUCGACCACUCGCACCAAUGAUCCGUAAUCCUUCGGCACAUCUGGGAUAGAGCUGGACUCCAAGACGUGCUUGGCCGUCUUUCAGCUUCGUAUCGAGACUUGGCACGGCUCAAAGCUUUCGCGUUUUUGGUUUCAUUGUUAGCAAGGCGUUGGUGGUAUCUGACACCAAGAGAAUGGGUUGAGGAAUUUGCGGAAUUGGGGGCUUGAGCGAUCAAUCGUCAAGCGAAAAGCACGGCGUUUAGGACUUUUUCUUCAGAAAAGGCUUAAAAAGAUACCCAUUUGAAUAUGUACUUUCGAAAGAAGAUCUUGCUGUCCAAUCGAGACUGACAAGAGAAUAUAUUGGCCUUUUCCAGCCAGAUCC